CCGCUAUUGGUAGCAGAAAUACGCACCCAGCAUGCAGCUGAACCUAGCUAGCUAGUACUAAGAUAUCAUUGGAACGUAUUGAUAAUAAUCUCGAAGGAAGUAUCAACGACAAGCUAGCAUGAGUCCCCAGGAGGCGGCAUACCAACUCAUCAUGGUCGUCGUUCCACUCCUGAUGCUGAUGCUGGUGGUGGUGCCGCACUUCUUGGCAUCCCGAUCAGCAAGCCGCCGCCGUUGCGGCAACGAGGAUGGCAACGCUCAGCAGCUCCCGCCUUCCCCUCCGGCGCUGCCCAUAAUCGGCCACCUGCACCUCGUCGGCGCCCUCCCGCACGUCUCACUCCGUGACCUCGCCGCCAAGCACGCCGCCGGCGGCCUCAUGCUCCUCCGCCUCGGCACCGUGCCCAACCUCGUCGUGUCGUCCCCGCGUGCGUCGCAGGCGAUCAUGCGCACGCACGACCACAUCUUCGCCUCGCGCGCGACGACCGGCAUCAGCGACACUCUCCUGUAUAGCUCGUCUGAUAUCGCCUUGGCCCCCUACAGCGAGCACUGGCGCCAGGCAAGGAAGCUCGUCACUGCACACCUCUUCACAGUCAAGAAGGUGCACUCCUACCGCCAUGCCCGCAAAGAAGAGGUGCGCCUGGUGAUGGCCAAGGUACGGGAGGCGGCAGCUACGAGCACAGCCGUGGACAUCGGCGAGAUGAUGAACACAUUCGCCAACGAUAUCAUCAGUCGCGCCGUGUCAGGCAAGUUCUUCAGGGUGGAAGGCAGGAACAAGCUCUUCCGGCAGCUCGUUAACACCAACUCCGUUCUGCUUGGAGGAUUCCACCUUGAAGACUGCUUCCCCAGCCUAGCGCGUUCACUAGAUAUCCUCACCAGAUGGUUCCUGCGCAACAGGGUCCAGGAGACACACGAAAGGUGGGAUGAGUUGCUUGAGAAGAUACUAAGCGACCAUGAGAGAACAAAAGGUCGUCAUGACCAAGAGAGUGACUUCACCGAUGUGUUGCUCUCCGUUCAGCAAGAGUAUGGUAUCACCAGAGAUCAUAUCAAGGCCAUCUUGAUGGACAUGUUUGGCGCGGGCACAGACACAUCAUCUUUGGUCCUGGAGCUCGCCAUGGCCGAGCUCAUGCGCAACCCUUGGCUCAUGACCAAGCUACAAGGUGAAGUCAGGAGGCACACACCAGAGGGUCAAGAAACGGUCGAGGAAGAGAACCUAGCUACCAUGGCCUAUUUGAGAGCCCUCGUGAAGGAGACACUAAGGCUGCACCCCCCUGCUCCGCUCCUCGUCCCUCACCUCUCCAUGGCGGACUGUGUCGUCGACGGCUACACAAUCCCCUCCGGCACUCGGGUCAUCGUCAACGCAUGGGCUAUUAGUAGGGAUCCAAAGUCAUGGGAGGAGCCGGAGGAGUUCAUGCCGGAGAGGUUCAUGGACGGUGGGAGUGCUGCGGCCACCGACUUUAAAGGGAACGACUUUCAGUUUGUGCCAUUUGGGGCUGGAAGGAGGAUCUGUCCUGGCCUCAACUUUGGCAUGGCCACUGUUGAGAUCAUGCUGGCAAACCUCGUGUAUUGUUUUGACUGGCAGCUGCCAAACGGCAUGGAGGCCAAGGAUAUUGAUUUGACAGAGGUGUUUGGAGUGACAGUCCGUCCAAAGGAGAAGCUCAUGCUAUUUCCAAAACCACGUGGUGGUAUUGCUGAGCCCCUGCUAACUGAGUGAUAGAUCUUUUUAUCACCCCAUGUAUGCAUAUCCUGUAUAGCAGUUAUAAUAUACUCCCUUUGUGAUUUACAUAGAUUUUGUUAUGCAUCUAGACAUAAUAUAUAUCUAGGUGCAUAGCAAAAUCCAAAACGACUAAUAAUUUAAGAUAGAGGGAGUAUGCAAUAGUGCUGCCUUAACUAGCUAUUGUGUAGGUACAAACACAAUGCAUACAUCCCCGUUCACCUUAUAUAUGUGAUCAGGUUAUAUAUAUAUAUAUAUAGGUGGAUUGAAGCUUGAGCUUAA